AUGGCAGCAGCUUUCGGCGGGCAAACGCCCACGAUCAUCGUCCUCAAGGAAGGCACCGACGCAUCCCAAGGCAAGCCGCAGGUGAUUUCCAACAUCAACGCCUGUCUCGCGGUGCAAAACACCAUCAAAAGCACCCUGGGCCCCUACGGGGGCGACCUGCUCCUCGUCGAUGCGAACGGAAAGCAGACCAUCACCAAUGACGGCGCCACGGUCAUGCGCCUGCUCGACAUCGUGCACCCGGCUGCCAGGAUCUUGACGGACAUCGCGCGGAGUCAGGAUGCAGAGGUCGGCGACGGGACAACCUCGGUCGUGGUGCUGGCGGGGGAGAUACUCAAGGAGGUCAAAGAGUUGGUCGAGCAGGGUGUGUCGACGCAGACGAUCGUCAAGGGUCUGAGGAGGGCGAGUGCGAUGGCCAUCAACAAGAUCAAGGAGAUUGCCGUGAGCGUCGACGACGGCGCAAAUAGGAGGGAGACGCUCCGAAAACUGGCCGCCACGGCCAUGAGCAGUAAACUCAUUCAUCGGAAUUCGGGCUUCUUUACCAAGAUGGUUGUCGAUGCCGUCCUAAGCCUCGACCAAGACGACCUCAACGAGAAACUCAUCGGCAUCAAGAAAAUCACCGGCGGCGCACUGGAAGACUCUCUGUUCGUCGACGGUGUGGCCUUCAAAAAGACCUUUUCCUACGCCGGCUUCGAACAACAACCCAAAUCCUUCAAGAACCCGAAAAUCGUGUGUCUGAACGUCGAGCUCGAGCUCAAGGCAGAAAAGGACAACGCAGAGGUGCGCAUUGACCAGGUUUCGGAGUACCAAGCGAUAGUGGACGCCGAGUGGCAGAUUAUAUAUGACAAGAUGGAGGCACUGUACAAGACGGGCGCGAAGGUGGUCUUGUCGAAGCUGCCUAUCGGGGAUCUGGCCACGCAGUAUUUUGCCGAUAGGGACAUAUUCUGCGCAGGACGUGUCGCCCCCGACGAUCUAGAGCGUGUAUGUCAGGCCACAGGAGCUGUCACACAGAGCACCUGCAGCGACAUCCUGCCCGCUCAUUUGGGGACGUGUGGGUUGUUUGAAGAGCGCCAGAUUGGUGGCGAACGGUAUAACCUCUUCAGCCGCUGUCCGGAAGCCAAGACAUGCACGUUGAUUCUGAGAGGUGGCGCCGAGCAGUUCAUCGCCGAGGUUGAGCGGUCGCUACACGACGCCAUCAUGAUUGUCAAGCGCGCUCUGAAGAACCACACCAUCGUGGCCGGCGGCGGCGCCACUGAGAUGGAGAUUUCGGGGUACCUGCACAGAUUUGCCGACAAGAACGUGCCGCACAAGCAACAGGCGGUGGUGAAGGCAUUCGCCAAGGCCCUAGAGUGCAUACCGCGCCAACUGUGCGACAAUGCAGGUUUCGACGCCACCGACAUCCUCAACCGACUGCGUGUCGAACACCGAAAAGGAAACACCUGGGCAGGCGUGGACUUUGACCACGAAGGCGUACGGAACAACAUGGACGCCUUUGUCUGGGAACCCGCGCUAGUCAAAGUCAACGCCGUCUCGGCCGCCGUGGAGGCAGCAUGCCUGAUCCUGAGUGUCGACGAGACGAUCAAGAACGAGGAGAGUCAGGCUCCCCAAGCUCCGGCGCGAGGUUUGCCGCCGGGUGCCGCCCAGCGAGCAUUAAGAGGAAGAGGAAGAGGCAUGCCGAGAAGGUGA